GUUCUCUCGUGCCUCUUCAUUCGUGGAUACCGUCAACGUCUGAGGCAUCCACGGUCGUCAGGGUUGACAGUGUAAUGGUGCUUGCUUGAAUUUAAUGUUAAAGUUGCUUUUACAAUACAAUUUUCUGUACGUACUCCAGGACGCUGCAGUGGAAAAUUAUUAUAUUUGUCAUUAGGAGCAUCGAACAGAACAUUCUGAAGUAAAAAGUGUACAAGGAGUGCAACAAACAAUGACAGACUCCAAAUACUUUACAACCACAAAGAAGGGUGAGAUAUUUGAACUGAAGUCAGAACUUAACAAUGACAAGAAAGAGAAGAAAAGAGAAGCUGUAAAGAAGGUGAUUGCAUCCAUGACUGUUGGGAAGGAUGUGUCAGCUUUGUUCCCAGAUGUGGUCAACUGUAUGCAGACAGACAACUUAGAGCUGAAGAAAUUGGUAUAUCUGUAUCUAAUGAAUUAUGCCAAGAGCCAACCAGACAUGGCCAUCAUGGCGGUGAACACCUUUGUGAAGGAUUGUGAAGAUCCAAAUCCUUUGAUUCGAGCUUUGGCAGUUCGUACAAUGGGUUGUAUUCGUGUGGACAAGAUCACAGAAUACUUGUGUGAACCACUGAGGAAAUGUCUCAAAGAUGAAGAUCCAUAUGUCCGAAAAACAGCAGCGGUCUGUGUGGCAAAGUUGUAUGAUAUAAAUGCCCAAUUAGUGGAAGACCAAGGCUUCCUUGAUCAGCUGAAAGACCUUCUGUCAGAUUCUAACCCUAUGGUCGUUGCUAAUGCUGUGGCUGCCUUAUCUGAAAUAAAUGAAGCUAGCACAAGUGGAUCACCCCUCAUUGAAAUGAAUGCCCAGACUAUCAACAAACUGCUGACAGCUCUGAAUGAGUGCACAGAAUGGGGCCAGGUGUUCAUAUUGGAUUCCUUAGCAAACUACAGUCCUAAGGAUGACAGAGAAGCACAGAGCAUUUGUGAAAGAAUCACUCCUCGCCUGGCACACGCCAAUGCUGCAGUAGUGCUGUCUGCUGUGAAAGUACUAAUGAAGCUGAUGGAGAUGCUGCCUGCGGACUCAGACUUUGUAUCAACUUUAACUAAGAAGCUGGCACCACCUCUCGUCACUCUCUUAUCAUCAGAACCUGAGGUACAGUAUGUGGCACUUCGCAAUAUUAACCUCAUUGUUCAGAAGCGACCAGACAUCCUGAAGCAUGAGAUGAAGGUGUUCUUUGUCAAGUACAAUGAUCCCAUAUAUGUGAAGCUUGAAAAACUGGACAUUAUGAUCCGUCUUGCAUCUCAGGCUAACAUUGCACAAGUUCUGUCAGAACUCAAAGAGUAUGCCACAGAAGUAGAUGUGGACUUUGUACGAAAAGCUGUUCGAGCCAUUGGCAGAUGCGCUAUUAAAGUAGAACAGUCAGCAGAACGAUGUGUGUCUACACUGUUAGAUCUAAUUCAAACAAAGGUAAACUACGUUGUACAGGAGGCUAUUGUAGUGAUCAAGGACAUAUUCCGAAAGUAUCCCAACAAGUAUGAGAGCAUAAUCUCCACGCUUUGUGAGAAUUUAGACACGCUUGAUGAACCUGAGGCCAGGGCAUCAAUGAUCUGGAUUAUUGGAGAAUAUGCAGAAAGAAUUGAUAAUGCUGAUGAACUCUUAGAGAGCUUCUUAGAAGGCUUCCAUGAUGAGAACACACAGGUUCAACUCCAGUUACUUACAGCCAUUGUCAAAUUAUUUCUGAAGAGGCCAACAGAUACACAGGAAUUGGUUCAGCAGGUUCUGAGCUUGGCGACUCAGGACUCAGACAACCCAGACUUACGUGAUCGAGGUUUCAUUUAUUGGCGUCUUCUUUCCACUGACCCAGCUGCAGCUAAGGAAGUUGUUCUGGCAGAGAAACCUCUGAUCUCUGAAGAGACAGAUCUUUUGGAACCAACACUACUUGAUGAGCUGAUAUGUCAUAUUUCUAGUCUUGCUUCUGUGUAUCAUAAACCACCCAAUGCAUUUGUGGAAGGAAGAGGAGCAGGGGUACGCAAAAUGCUGCCAGCCAGAGCUGGUUCUCAAGAGACAGUACUGGAGACUGCCUCUGGGGUAACUGACCCACCGGCAGUUAUCCCAGCUCAAGAUUCGCUUAUUGGCGACUUACUCAGCAUGGACAUCAGUGCUCCAUCUGUCCCAGUACCAGCCACAACUAGUGUCUUCUCUCCACCUGCUGUUGACCUUUUAGGUGGAGGUCUUGACAGUUUGCUUGGUGGAGAUGUUGCUGCAACAGGAACUGCUGGGUCAGCCCCUGUGUCACAGUCAACUACAGGACUUCUGGGAGACAUCUUUGGAUUUUCAGCUACUCCUGCAUCAUACUCACCUCCAAAAUCUAACUGGCUGCCCGCCGAAAAAGGAAAAGGACUGGAUAUAUGGGGAACAUUCUCACGAAGAAACGGUCAAAUCCAGAUGGACUUCACAUUCACCAAUAAAGCCAUGCAGGCAAUGGCCGGAUUUGCUAUUCAGUUGAACAAGAACAGCUUUGGCUUGACACCAAGCUCAGCAUUGCAAGUGAUGACACCACUGCCUCCUAGCAUGUCACAUGAUUGUUCAUUGCCUUUGGCAACUACAGGUGCUAUCCAACGUAUGGAACCUCUUAACAACCUUCAGGUUGCCAUCAAAAACAACAUUGAUGUAUUCUACUUUGCUUGUCUAGUCCCAGUGAAUGUUUUCUUUACUGAAGAUGGACAGAUGGACAAGAGAGUUUUUCUAGCAACAUGGAAGGAUAUUCCUGCUCAAAAUGAAGUUCAGUACACGUUGGCUAACAUUCAGUGCAAUGCAGAUGCUGUAGUGCAGAAGAUGCAACAGAACAAUGUAUUUACGAUUGCAAAACGUAAUGUAGAGGGCCAAGAUAUGCUGUACCAGUCUUUGAAACUAACAAAUGGAAUAUGGGUUCUGAAUGAAUUAAAAAUUCAGCCUGGCAAUCCAAACAUUACACUGUCCUUGAAGUCCAGAGCCCUGGAUGUGGCACCAGGUGUUUUCCAAGCAUAUGAUGCAAUUCUUCAUACAUAGAGUGAUAUACAUCAGUACAGUAAUAAAUGUUGGGCAAGCAAGCAAAUUAAGUACAUUCCCAUGUUUAAAUAGUAAGCUAUGGUAUUACCUUGUAAUGGACUUCACUCUGUUAAAAAACAUUCAGAUAUGUACAGGAAUAUGUUCAGGGUCUGUGUAGCAGUUAUGCCACAUUAACUUUUAUGUUUUCUAGACUAUAUCGAAGCAAGACUGUAAUUUUCAUCUUCCAUAUAAUAUGUCUGACCCCUCAGUGAUACCGUCAUUAAAUGCAGUAUUAGAGAGAAUA